AAGCAUUGGAUGUGUCAUUUCCUACGGAGCUGCUGUUUUAUUGUUAGCCUCAUGCAUUUGCUGCAUUGGCUUAGAUCAUGGGUCACUUCAAUGGAAUUUUGGUAGAGGAAUAAAAGGGUCCACUUGAUACUUUGCUUAGUGUUUCAGAGCUCUUCAUACGAAUAGAUUUGUGAUAAUAAAUAAAAUCAUGAAGCCACUCAACACCAUUAGAUUAAAUCAUACAAUCCUACUCAUUUUUUGUGCACAAAAUUUGUUUUGUCUAAAAGCUCCAGAGAAUGGAACCGGAGAGGCUGCAUUGGCGGCCCAAUCAUCAGAUCGUGGAGGUAUCUGCAAAUCAAUGGUGGAGAGUAAUGGCUAUGAUUGUGAAGAACACUGGGUAAUUACAAAAGAUGGCUAUGUUCUCAAUGUGCUAAGAAUUCCUUUGGGGCGGUUCGUUGGCUGUCGAAAAGCAAGAAACAGGCCGCCAGUGCUGUUGCAGCACGGGAUGUUACUGGAUGCAAGAUCAUGGAUGCUAUUGCCCCCAAAACGAUCAUUGCCAUUCAAUCUGGCCGAUAAUGGCUACGAUGUCUGGCUUGUUAACUCGCGCGGAACAGAGUACAGCGAAGGGCAUACAUCACUGAGUCAUUAUGAUCCAGCAUACUGGAAUUGGUCAUGGGACGAAUUGGUAGCUUAUGAUCUUCCUGCAACAUUCCAGUAUGUGUAUAAUCAAACAGGACAAAAGCUACACUUCAUUGGGCAUUCACAGGGAACUUUGAUGGUUAUGGCUGCCAUGUCAAGGGAUCAACUAUUGAACUUGUUGAGAUCAGCUGCAUUACUCUGCCCAAUUGCUUAUCUGGGUCACACUACUUCCUUACUUUCAAGAUUUAUUACUGAUAACUUCAUUGCCGAGGCAUUGCACUCGUUAGGCCUCUAUAAAUUUGAUUUAAAUGAUUUAAUUACUAUGCGAACUCUGAAGAUCAUCUGUCGAAUACCAAGUGUUGACUGCAGCAACAUGUUCACACCAUAUACAGGGCAAAACUGCUGCAUAAAACGUUCCAAAACAGAGAUUUUUCUAGAUCAUCAACCUCAGCCAACGGCAAUGAAGAACGUCAUCCAUAUGUGUCAGAUGGUUAGGAGAGGAACCUUAACAAUGUAUGAUUACAAUGAUUGUGAUGAGAAUAUAAAACACUAUGGGCAACCAACUCCUCCUGCAUACAACAUGACCUGUAUUCCAAAUGACCUUCCCAUAUUCCUCAGCUAUGGUGGAGCCGAUGCUCUUUCGGAUGUGAAUGAUGUGAAGCUUUUGCUUGAUUGUCUCAAACAUCAUGAUCCAGGCAAGAUUGUUGUUCAGUACAUAGAAAGUUACGCUCAUGCGGAUUAUUUAAUGGCAGAAAAGGCGAAAGAAGAUGUGUAUGAUCCUUUGAGUGCGUUCUUGAAUAAGCUACCAUGAAAUAUAGGCUAAAGGAAUUGAUAAUUUUCCCAAGUUUUUGAACACCUAAAAUGUUAAAGGUUAAAUCUGUUGGGAAA